CUGUAGCCUUUGUUAAGAACAAUGCGUUCUAUUUUCGCUCUAGCGGCGUGCGCUCUAUCCAUUUUCCUCGUCGGUGCUGAGGAUGUAGCUCCCGAGCCGGCCGUUAACCUACCGGAAAAUGCUGAUUUGGUUGUUGAUAAGUUGAUUGAGAAACAGUGUGCUCGACCCACUAAGAAGGGUGAUUCGAUCUCGGUCCACUACACUGGUUGGACCCUGCAGGAUGGCAAGAAGUUCGACUCUAGUAGAGACAGGAAUCGCCCUUUCGAGAUACCCCUUGGAGCCGGCCGUGUCAUUAAAGGGUGGGAUGAGGGCCUAGUCGGAAUGUGCCCUGGAGAGCUCUGGCGUAUUACUAUUCCCAGUGGCAAGGGGUACGGUAAGCAUGGUGCUGGUGGUAUCAUCCCUGGUGGCGCUACUUUGGUAUUCAACGUCGAGUUAUUGGGAAUAAAGGGCGUGGAUCCAUCAGAAGAGGAACUUUAGACACUAUUAAGAGUGCUAGUUAUUUCGUUUC